CUCAUAUCCCCAUCACACUCGCCUACACGACAUGGCAAGGUCAGGCGCAAGGUCCUCGGGGACAAAGGUCUUCUCCUCCUCUUCCCAGUCGGCCGGCGGGAGCCGCAAGGGCCGCCGCUCAGGCGGUGGAGGUGGUACCGCACCCAACAACCAUGCCGCCGAACGGAGGAAGAAGCAGCAAGACGCCGACCCGUCCGAGGCGUACACGUUCAUGCCGGCGCUGCCGAAGCGCCACCGCACGUCGGAGCAGCAGCUCGGCCUGACGUACGAGGAGAAGCAGCUGCAGGCGCAGGGCGGACGGCGGCGCGACGGCGACGACUCGGACGAGGACAUGAACGCGCGCAUCAAGAAGAUCGCCAUGAUGAUCGCUGCCGACGACGCCGGCGCGGUCGAGGACGACGACGACGAGGAUGUCGACAGUGACGAGGCGUGGGAGUCGGACGGCACAGACGAGGAGCGCUGGGGCGACGUCUUCCGUGGCCUUCAGAAGGGCAAGGGGAAGAAGGGCAAGGAGGUCGUGCUCAAGCCGGCCAAGCCCUUGAAUGUCAACCUUGACGAGAGCGAGGCGGAGAGUGAUCCUGAGGUUGAACGGUCACCACGGACGGCGUUCAAGUCGGCAUUCCCUGAGGAGGAAGAGGAGGAGGACGAUGACGAGGAGGCAGACGAGGAGGACGAGGAGAUGGACGAGGAUGAGGAGGAUGAGGAGGAUGAGGAGGAGGAGGAGGAGGACGACGAAGACGACAACUCGGACCCAGAACUCCCGUCCGACCUCUCGGACGACGACGAAGACGACGACCUCGACGGCCUCGACUCGUUCGUCGACAAGCUCACCUCGGCCGACAAGAAGCGCAAGGCGGAUGAGGAGGAGGAAGAGGUCGUGGACAAGGGCAAGAAGCGCCGUGUGCUCCCUGUUGUCUCUGCUCCUGGUCUGUCUGACGGUGGCGACCUCGCUCUCAAGAGCAAAACCAAGGUCGACCUCGCAUCGCUCAUCUCGUCCAACCCCGCGCUCGCUGGCGCCUCGGCUCUUCUCCCCACCAAGGGCGAGAAGAAGGCGACUUCGGUCCUCAAGGGCGGCGUGCUCUCCGCACCCCUCCCCACUGUGGUGCAGGAGCGCCUCGGCCGUGAGGCGGCGUACGAGAAGACCAAGGAGGAGGGCCAGAAGUGGUCUGGCCUGAUGAAGCGCGUCAAGGAGGCCGAGCACCUCUCCUUCCCUCUGCAAGCCAAGGAGCGCGGCGGUGUCAAGUCCGCGGGUGAGCUCGUUGCGACCUUCAAGCCCGAGAACGAGCACGAGUCAGCGGUCCAGGCGUUGCUGUCGAAGGCCAACCUGACCGACAAGGGUGUCACCGCCGCCGAGGACGCCGCACUUCGCGGACAGGACCUCACCGUCGAGGAGAUUGCCGAGCGCCGCGCCGAGCUGCGUCACCAGCGCGAGCUCAUGUUCCGCGCCGAGGCCAAGGCGAAGCGUGUGUCCAAGAUCAAGUCCAAGACAUUCCGCAAGCUUGCCCGCAAGCGUGACGCCAAGGCGGCGGCAGCCGACGCCGACCAGGGUAUCUCGCUCGAGGACCUGGAGCGGCUGGACCCAGAGGCUGCCGAGGCCGAGAUCGAGCGGCUGGAGCGGCAACGUGCCCUCGAGCGCGCGACGCUGCGCCACGGAGCUCGUUCGGGCCGCUGGGCACGCGACGUCGGCGGCGACGGGGAUGAGUUUGAGGAGAAGCGCCGUGCCAAGGAGGAGAUGCUUAGCAUUAAGCAGCGCCUCCAGCGCAAGAUCCACGGCAAGGGCUCGGACGACGAGGAGUCGGACUCGGAGGCGUCUGACGACGACGACGAGGACCUUGACGAGGACGAGAUCAAGACCCGCGCGUUCGACCAGCUCGCUGCUCUGGACGCCAAGGUCGCUGCCGAGCCCCAGCCCAAGAAGGGGCUGAUGCAGAUGGCGUUCAUGCAGAAGGCGGCGGAGCGCGAGCUCAAGAAGGUCGCCGAGGCUGAGGCCGAGCUGCGGAAGGAGAUCGAGAUGUUCGGCGGAGAGCGCAACGAGAGCGGGAGCGAAGACGAGGAGGCCGAGGUCAUCAAGCUCGGUGAGGGACGCAUGGUGUUCUCUGGCCCUGCGGGUGCUGCGGCACCAGCACCAGCGUCCAAGGCCAAGGUCACCAAGUCGACGCCGUCCGCACCGGCAGCACCGGCUCGCAGCCCGUCGCCUGCCCCCGGUUUCCUCGGCGACGUCAACCCAUGGCUCGACGGCGCGGCGUCCUCCGGCCCAUCAAGGAAACGCAACACCAUCAGCAACAGCGCCGAAGCACGCGCCGUGCGCGUGUUCAAGAAGGCCGCCAAGGGCGCCGAGGCCGACGACGACGACGACCGGGUAGACAUUGACGUGGCGCCCAAGGCCAAGGCGAAGAAGGCGGCGGCCAAGGCCAAGCCCGCUGCAGCCGAGUCGGACUCGGAGGACGACGCCGAGGAGCUCCUCCCCAUUUCCGGUGUCAAGGCGUUUGCGCAGCGCUCGCUCGUCGCCGAAGCGUUCGCAGGCGACGACGUCGUGGCCGACUUUGCCGCGGCCAAGGCGGCGCAGGUGGCGGCCGACGCGCCCAAGGUCGAGGACACGACGCUCGCCGGCUGGGGCAGCUGGGGCGGCAAGGGCGUCAAGGCGCGCAAGAACCCCACACCGGCGCGGUUCCUCAAGACGACUGCCGGCGUCGAGGAGCAGGACCGCAAGGAUGCUGGACGCUCCAACGUUAUCAUCUCGGAGAAGAAGGAGAAGAAGGCCGCUGCAUUCCUCCCCAAGGACCUGCCCUACCCCUUCACCUCGGUCGCGCAGUACGAGGCCAGCUUCAAGAACCCCGUUGGUGGCGAGUGGAACUCGCGCGCCGGAUUCCAGCGCCAGACUAUCCCACGCGUCGUCAAGAAGCCCGGCGCCAUCAUCGAGCCGAUCCGCAAGCUUUUCUAG